CGCAGCCGUAGAGGUGGAGGUGUGCGGGCGGUGAGGGGUACGGAUUGUACAGCCGAACGGAACGAAACGAACUAACGACAAAGUACAACUAAAAACAGUUGAACAGUCAUCUGCGGCGCGUUAGCGUGCGUCGCUCGUUUCUGGAAUGUGCGUUCAUCCGAUAUACUCACAAUUAUUAUUCGUUAACAGAGUGAAGUAGCUUUACGUAGUAAUUGUUUCACUCGAAAAAGAGAGUGGUUUUGCCGAUCGUGCUCGAGUAGAACGCGUGUGACAACAUAAAAGGUGUGUUUAUGUGUGUGUGGUGGCGUGGAUCGUCGCGCAAUUAUUAACGAUGAUUCACUUGUGCGCGGGUGAAAUGCAGCCUAUCGGACUUGUUGACAUAUGUUCAGGAGGCGUAAACAAAUGAUAUCAAAUUCAUAAUAUAAUGGUGGACUGAUUCAUAUUUCCGCGGCCGAUAUACAAGUCGCGGUUACGAUGCCGUUGACUCAGGAGAAACGUCUUGAUUCCAAUUUUUCAAACAACAAUGAUCACAGCUAUCUCCAUAAGAAGUUUAAAAAAAUGGCUUCGACCAUUUCAGUGCUUCCAGUAAGCUUACCAAAAAGUGAAGAAAAUGUCCAAAGGGACAAUACCAUUCAGUCAGCCAGUUGUACUUCAAUACCCAAUGGAAGUAUUGCAGCUGCACAUCCAGAAAUUGAAAAAAUUAAAGAUAUAUACGACAAUCAAAUUAUGAAAGUCGAAAAUAAUGUACAAACUAAUUUUAAAUAUGAAAAUAGUAGGUUAAGUGCUGUAAAUAAUAUUCAAGUGUCUGGUAAAACCAGUUAUUCAGAGGAAUUUUUAAAAAAGACUGAGAACUAUGAAAAUGAUUUUAACAAAGACGCUUGCAGUGGAGUGUCUGGGCGAUAUAUAUGUCCGUAUUGUAAAUUGUCAUGUGCCAAGCCUUCCGUUCUCCAAAAACAUAUCAGAGCUCACACAAAUGAAAGACCUUAUCCUUGUGUACCAUGUGGAUUUGCCUUUAAAACAAAAUCAAAUUUGUAUAAACACCGAAGAUCGAGAACACACGCUUUACGUCUACAGGGCGCAGAUAUAUCCAAUUGCCUAAAUGAUGAGGAUUUAUCUGGAGAUUCCGAAAGUGAUACAUCCAUCCCACCUACGUCACUUUCAGACACAGCAUCAGAUGCUUCAAUAAUUCGCAUAGAAAAUACGAGAAAUAAUGAAUUUUCUUCUCCUGAAUUGACCAAUGAUGGUUUAGGGAAUUCAAUGGGUGUUUCUUCUACCUACAUUGAUAAUAAAUUGAAAACAAUUUAUAAGCCGAAGUUCAGCGGUGCAUUUAAUCAAGGAAAUGAUGAAAAGGAUAAGAUGAAGAAAACUAUUACAUCAAAUGCUGACUUUCUUACAGAACAUAUCUCAAAAAUUAUAUCAGAUAAUGAGGCCAUUGUUGACGUUAUUGAAACACCUUUACAAAAAAAAUAUAAUAAGAUUAAACAAAUAGCAGAAAGUAAGCAAUUUCUUGGCGAACGAGAAAUAAAGCAAGAAAUUACACCAUUAAACUUAACAAAAAAUACUUUUGAAAUGGAUAGUCUAGUCAGAAAAAGGUCGCACUCUGAAAGUUUUUCACACACCGAUGAAAUAAAGCACCCUCUCAAUCCUGAAGGCUCUAUUAUAAAAGAUCUUCUGUUAAAAACAAAAGCAAAUGGUAUGAACUCUUUAACGGGUGAAAUAGAAGAUAGUCUUGGACCCGUGUUUAUCUGCCCACUGUGCCAGAUUAUGUACCGAAGUGCAGAUAAUUUAGAGAUUCAUAGACUUUAUUACUGCAAAGGUAAUUUAUCCAAUAACAUCUCUAUUCCACACAAAGAUUUAAAAAAUACACGACCAGAAAAUGUGUACGUUAGAAGCAACUCAAUAAAUGUCAGACUGCCGGAAAAUCAAAACAACCAAAAUACAAGAUGUAACAUUUCCACAAAAUCACCACCUUUAAGGAACAAGCCGGAGAAUCUUGUUAUAAUAAAACCGGAAAGUGAUAUUAUAGCACCAUUACCAUCUCCCGGUCCGCUUCUUGGAAACACACGUCUUGUUGACUCCAGAUUACCCACUGAAUUUAAUAGAUUAAAUGAAAGCCUAAGAAUGAGAACUAAAGACUCCAGUCCGAAAAGAAGAUUGGAUAGUAGGUCUGAUAGUUAUAGCCCACGGCUGAUAGAAAAUGUUUCUCCACGUUCCCUAGAUUUAUAUACACAGCCUAAAUUAAGAUGCAUUGAUUCUACAACUGCAACAUUAAGAGCUAUUGAUGAAAUGCAAAUGAGGCACAAUUCAACCUCUCUUCAAAUGUUUGGUGGAGAAGUAAAAAUUGUUGAUCAUUCUGGAAGUACGACGACCUUACGAAUAGAACCUAGUAAAAAUCAAUUAUCACCAAUAAUGAUCCAACAAAAUCUUUCUCCAUCUAAGUUUACAAGUGAUUCAGAAGCUAGCAGUGUUGUUGUUAGAUCAGGUUUACAUUCUGGUGGGACUAUAGUUCAUAAUCCACCAACACCAAAGGAAAAUAUGACUACGCCUCAGACACCUAGAAUGUCAGUGUCUACGCCGAGUAUUCAAAGUGGAAUAUUAAAUAUUCAUGACAUAACCCAUUUUCAGUUCCCACCGCUCAGCGCAAUCACGGCUUACAAUCCAUUGACAUUACCCCCUUUAAGCCCUUCAUCCUCUCCUAAUGGUGCAACGACUAUAUUACAUGGAGGAAAACUCAUUCCACAUGUGCCUGGAAUACCAGGGCCGAAUACAACUGGUAUCUUUGUAGGAACCCCAAACGUACAGCAUAAAGGCAAUGAUAUCUACAAGGGAAACCUAAAAUCAAUCGACGGAGUUCAAGAUAUCACACAAAACUCUACUACAAGUAAAAAUCCUGUUGUAAAUUAUGAUAAAGGAUUUAAUUCAAGGAAUUCAAAACUUAGACUGUCAAUGCCUGAUGCUAAGUAUGACCACAAAGAUAUUGAAAUGCAAACCAUGAAUAGCGUGCCAAUAAUAACGGUGAAAAACGUUGAUGAGCCCAUUACGAAUCCAAGAAAUUUUUCACCUCUUGUAAGAACUACAAUUACAAAACAAGAGAAUCCACUUAAACGUAGUGCCGAUGGAAGUAGAAUACCAGUUCUUAAAGAGAAUAGUAAUUAUUUAUUGAACAAAAAUAAAAGCAAAGAAUAUAGUACGUUAAACAAAAUUGUAGAAAAAUAUUCAGAUAAUGAUCUAAAACCUUUUAAUUUCGAAAACUUAAUAACAAAGGCCGAAAUAUACAAUAACCAAAUCCAAAGUUCAUCUGAGGUACAAAGAAAUACAAAUGCCCAAGAUACUUCAGCUAUUUCUUUACAUAAUGAGAGGUCAGAAACAUCUUAUUUCCAAAAGAAUUUAACUGUUUCAUCAACAUCUGAAGAUAGAAAACCAAAAUUUUUAAGACCCUCUACUCUUCCAUUAAAACCGGGUACAUUUACACCCAAAAGACACCAUGGUAUAACUCCUAAUGCUAAUACUAUGCCACUAGUUUCACCAGAAACACCGCGUCCUGCUAAAGCUUACGGACAGCUUUAUUUGAAUGGCAAUGCAUAUACUUACUUAGGACUUAAAUGUUCUACUAAGGUAUUCUAUUGCACAAUUAACCGGCCACAACCAACCUACGUUCCAAAUCAACAUUUUCUCUCGAUGUAUAGUAAUUGGCAGUUAUUAUCUGAGUUGACGCCAGACCCAUUGGGAUUGUCAGCAUCGUCUGCUAUGUCUUUAUAUGACUCACGUCAUCGACCGCGAAACGUGGCUGUCGCUGUGAUUAAACAGGAUCUCAUAUUGACUCAUUCAUCACAAUGGAAUAAAAAUUUGAAGGACAAUAAACAGACAAUGAUGGCAAUCGACACUAAAAAGGAUGAUAGUAAAGUAAAUUCAAUGGAUUGUUCUAUGACGACAAAAAAAGAACUAACUGGCGGUUUUGAAAGUAAUGAAGAAUACACCUAUGUUCGUGGCCGCGGAAGAGGGCGCUAUGUGUGUUCAGAAUGUGGAAUACGUUGUAAAAAACCGUCGAUGUUGAAAAAACAUAUUCGAACUCAUACCGACGUAAGACCGUAUACAUGUGUACAUUGCGCAUUUAGUUUUAAAACAAAAGGGAAUUUAACAAAACAUAUGAAAAGUAAAGCGCAUUAUAAGAAAUGUUGCGAAUUGGGGAUAAAUCCAAACGAAGGAAAUGACUCAGAGGGUGUAGAAAUGACACCAUGUCCUGAAGAAACCGACGAGGAAACUGAUUCCGAAGGCGAUGAUGGAAAUGAAGGCGAAACGGAAUCAAGUGAUACCGAGUUUUGUAAAUCUCGGCUACCUGAGCAUGAGGCUGCCCAUUGUCUGUUGUCGUUGGGAGGCAAUAGACCUGCUACAACAACCACUCCUGGGUUAAUAACUAGCGCCAGACCGUCUACUUAUCCCUAUACGCCUAUAAUCUCGGAUAGUAUGACACUGGACUCAUUGGACUACAGCACAGAAAAAUUACAGGUCUCGAAGAGUUUAACAAUCGAUACUCGAAUGGAGAUGGACAAUAAUGAGCCAAUGGAUCUAAGUAAAAAUGAUUUAAAUACGCCCACGAAUUUGCCUGAAAUUCCGACCGCAAGAGAAUCUAGUGUUUUAGCAUCUUUAGCUUCUAAUACAGCAAAAUUACCUCAACAUCAAACUCAGUGGGUAAAUGGGGAACCUAUGUUACAUACAUACCUUACAGAAAUGGCCCUCUUAGAUUCAAAAAUAAAACAAAGUCAACUAACAGGUAAUAUAGGUAAAGUUAAAAAAAUCGAAUUAGAAAAAUCUUCAGUUCCUGAACGAGAUGAAAUAAAGGAACAAACAACCAAAAUAGAGCCUGUUACUAGUAAGAGUAAUACAUUGGCUCUUCAUGCUAACAGAAAUGAAUUCAUCUCCACUUCUAUAGCUAAAGAAGAAACUAUAACUGCUAGUAGUGAAUGCCAAGUGACUAUAAAUGGUAAUAUUGAAACCAAAAGAGCUCGUACACCUAGUAAUUCUAACCCGGAAAAUGCCAAACAAGUUGUUUCUGAAUAUUUAAAACAUGCUAGGAUAAGUCUUAUGAAAACAUUAGAUGAAACAGGCAUUCAUGAGAAUUCAAGCGAUGAUAGCAAUGGUAGUAAAGUAUGUAUUGAAGAGAAAACAAAAAUAGAAGACGUUUCGGAAGGUGAUGUAGCAAAAUUACCUCUAGAUGACUCCAUAGCUCCAAAAAUUGUAAUUGGUGGAGUAGCGUUUAAAGUUAAUAAAAAUAAAGAUUAUGAUUCUACAGUUCCUUAUUCCCCUGGGAAGUUAAUGGACGAUGGUCGUAGAGUGUGUGAUUUUUGCAAUAAAACAUUCACAAAACCCUCGCAAUUAAAGUUACAUUUAAAUAUUCAUUAUAUGGAACGACCGUUCAGGUGUAGCGUAUGUGCUGUAAGUUUCCGCACAAAGGGUCAUUUACAGAAACAUGAACGUUCCGGUUCGCAUCACAAUAAAGUUUCAAUGACAUCAACAUUCGGAGCUGCAACUUCGUUUAAUCCUAGACCUUUUCGAUGCUCUGAUUGCAACAUAGCUUUUAGAAUUCACGGACAUCUAGCAAAACAUUUGCGUAGCAAAAUGCACGUAAUGCGUUUGGAAUGUUUAUUUAAAUUACCAUUUGGAACUUUUACGGAGAUAGAACGUGCGGGACUUAGCCUAACUGAUAUUGAUACAACAGAUUGUGCAAGUUCUUUAGCUAGUUUGCAAACUCUAGCUCGUAAACUACACGAAAAAGAUCCCACGCGUUUAGAAUAUCGGGAACCGAGCGGUUCCGGGGUGCCUAUACCUCCUGCGGGCAGGGAGUCUUCCGAGGAAGAGGAAAUUGCGGUAGCUUCAGAAAAGUCGUGUGAAAAUGAGAAUAGUGAGAUGAAAACUAUUGAAAAUAGUGAUUGUCAGGAAACUGAACGAAAUACUUUUAGUGCCACAGAUAAUUAGUGCCAAAAUGUUUCUAAGUAGAAUAUUUUAUGUGCAAUUUUGUUUUUAUGGUUAUUUUAAGGUGUAAUUAUAAUUCCUUGCUUAAGACUUGGAGAUGUGUGAAAAACAAAAUGAAGCGCUUUAAUUAUAAUAUACAAUCCUGUAUUUUAUUUCAGCAAAGUUACUUGUAAAUAACUCAUAUUGAUAUAUAAAUAUAAAAUUGUUAUAGUUGCUUCCAGCAUAAGCUUAUAUAUGUAUCUGUUAUAAAUAGCUGAUAAAAUAAGGAGUAAGUAAGGAGUGAAUUUGUUAAUGUUUUUCGUUUUAUGAUAGGAGCAUCAUGUAGCUUCGUCUUUUAAAUGUUAUCUAUUUAGAUUUUGUGGUCCAUAUUCUUAAGUCAAGAAAGCUUGAAAUAUCAAUGAGACAUAUUACAAAUUUUAAAAACUUGUAGUAAACUUGAUAAGACCGUUAUUAAAACACUUUUGUAUGUAUUUUUAUAAAAUAUAUACUAUGAUGUAUUUACAAUGAUAAAUAUCUACUUCCAAAUCCUUUAUAUCUUUAAAUGUAAAAAUUGGCAUAUCAACAUCCAUAAACAAAAUGUAGUCGAAACCUUGUAAAACUUAUAAAGUCUUCCAUAUCGAAAAUAGAUUUUGUGCUAGAUAUUUGUUUUAUUACUAGUUACUCUUCAUCAUUUGGGUGAAUAUUUGACUUGCGUGUUUGUAAGUCGAUCUGUACAAGUGUUUAUUUAUAUAUCUAUAGUGUAAGCACGAGAAGAAGCUAAUUAUAGCUUAAGGAAACUUGUAUUCAAAUUUAAUUUACCAUAAAAUUACUAUAUUUUAGGCAUCAACAUUAAGGGUUGUUAAAUUUUUUAUAAACUGUUGUUGUCAUUUCUUGUGCGAGAACUUGUCAUAUACCAUUAUCAAAACUGCAACACACAUAGUGCCCAGAAACUCUGCUAAGUGUUAAUGAAACUUUAUUGCUAAACAAAAUAUGUUUAUCAUGAUGAGGCUGAAAGUUAACAAAUGAAAUCAGUAAAAGCAUGUUUUUUCAAAUACUGCCCAAGACUUCUACGUACAAUUAGAAAGACUUGUUUGCUAUACUUAAGUAUGUAAUAUUUAAUUAUUUGUUUUGGGUAUGGAUGGGUAGAAUUAAUCUCUUUAUAGUUUUGUCAUGUGCAACCAUCCUGAAGAUUUGCAAACUGUUUAAAAUAAAGAAUGGAAUAAUUUUAGUAGUUUUCUGAAAUAUUUGACAAAAAUACAUGACAUACCAAGUCUAGAUAAUGGGCAGUAAAUAGCUUUUAAUAAAAAAAAAAAUUAAAGUGUUUGCAUUCAAUCAAUAACAUGUGUUGUGUAUAUAUUAGUCAUACCCUCUUUAUGCAUUGAUAUUACAUUAUGAUCACUUGUUAAGUAAUCUAUAGAUGCUAGAAACAAUAUAAUUAUGUUGUCAUCAUUAUUUAGUCAUUGGUACAUACAUAAGAGUAUAUAUAACAUUAAUAUAUGUUUAUUGACCUGACAUCUAAAAAAUAAAUUUAAUAAAUUGUCUUCCUGACAUAAAAACAAACAUAUUAUAUACUUUAAGGGCCUAUUUUGAUAAUAGUAAACAUUCAAUUUGAUAAAUUAUAAUAUAUUUUGUAGUAACAAAAAAUAAUCAAAAUAGUAAUGAGUGUAUUAAGUCUUGUUUUGAAACUUGUAUUUUAUUCAUUGUGAUAACUAUUACGUAAUAUUAAGUCAAGGUGACUAAAAUAUACUUUUAAAAAUAAAUGUAAGGAAUUUAUUUAUAAAAUUUUGUGUGAAAAUAUUCCUAAUUAGAAGGUGUAACUGCUUUAUAUCAAGUAUAUUGUGUUCACUCUAUGUAGUUACAAUAGUAUCGUUCAAAUACUACUACCUUGGAGUAACUAUAUAUUACCCAAUUGUUAUGUAAAGUCUCAUAAUUAAAAAAAAGAAUAUUGUGAACAUUAGGUGAAUGUAAUGAAUUAAUACAAACUUGUCAAAUAUUUACCCAUUUAUUGUUUACUAUACAUUUAAUAAAUGGAUAUUUUAUAAAGGUAAGAUUAAAGUAAAUGUAAAAUUAUAUUUAACCUCUUUUUAUUUCAUGUCCUCUUCAUCGCGCAUCAAAUACAACCACUGAAAUACUGUUCAGGAAAUUAUUUUGCCACAAUUGGAUAAUAAACUAAACUAAUAUAAAUAUGAAAAAAUAA